CACUGGCUGGGAGUGAGGUGGUGCUGAGCUAGCUGGCGGGCGGACGGGCGGGCUGGGCUGCGGCCCGCGCGCGGCGGGCGAUGCUGGGAGGCAGCUCCGGGACCCGGGAGCGCGAGGCGGAGGGCGACGGGGCGGGGGAUGUGCCUGCGCCGCCCGCCAUCGAGUUCCCGGCCGACGGCUCAGACCCCAAGUAUGAUGAAUCCGACGUCCCUGCAGAACUCCAGGUAUUAAAAGGACCCCUGCAGCAGCCGACUUUCCCUUUUGCAGUUGCAAACCAACUCUUGCUUGUCUCUUUGUUGGACCACUUGAGCCAUGUGCACGAGCCAGACCCACUCCGUUCAAGACAGGUGUUUGAAUUGCUUUGCCAGACCUUUAUCAAAAUGGGGCUGCUGUCUUCUUUCACCUGUAGCGAUGAGUUUAGCUCACUGAGACUACACCACAACAGAGCUAUUACCCAUUUAAUGAGGUCUGCCAAAGAGAGAGUUCGUCAGGAUCCUUGUGAGGAUAAUUCUCAUAUCCAGAAGAUCAGGUCCAGGGAAAUAGCCUUUGAAGCCCAGACUUCACGUUACCUAAAUGAAUUUGAAGAGCUUGCCAUCUUAGGAAAAGGUGGAUACGGAAGAGUGUACAAGGUCAGGAAUAAAUUAGAUGGUCAGUAUUAUGCAAUUAAAAAAAUCCUGAUUAAUGGUGCAACUAAAACAGAUUGUAUGAAGGUACUUCGGGAGGUGAAGGUGCUGGCAGGCCUUCAGCAUCCUAAUAUCGUAGGCUAUCAUACCGCUUGGAUAGAGCAUGUUCACAUGGCCCAAACACGAGAUAGAAUUUCUGUUCCGCCGCCAUCUCUGGAGGUGAUCUCCAACGAAGAGGACGACGGAAGUCAGUAUGUUCAAAAUGAUGAAAGUAACAGCUCAUCCAUUAUCUUCGCCGAGUUCACCUCAGAAAAAGAAAAGCCCUUAGGAGAAUCUGGCCUUGACAAUCAGAAUAACAGAUUGGUGAACUACAGCACCAACUUAAUCACAAGGGACGCCAGUGAACUUGAGUCAUCCAGUUUGCUCCCAGGAAAUGGUUUGGUGGACUUGCCUUCCAGAUCGAUUGUUGAACACCAGCUACCACUUAGGCAUCAUCCCGACUUGGAAGAGAAUUUCACAUCCACUGGGGAAUCUUCUGAAAACUUAAAUUUGUUGGGGCAGACAGAGGUGCAGUACCACCUGAUGCUGCACAUCCAGAUGCAGCUGUGCGAGCUCUCGUUGUGGGACUGGAUAGUUGAGAGAAACCAGAGGAGCCGGGAGUGUGUGGACGAGUCUGCGUGUCCUUAUGUUAUGGCCAGUGUUGCAACAAAAAUUUUUCAAGAAUUGGUGGAAGGUGUAUGUUACAUACAUAACAUGGGAAUUGUACACAGAGAUCUGAAGCCCCGAAAUAUUUUCCUUCAUGGCUCUGAUCAGCAAGUAAAAAUAGGAGACUUUGGUCUGGCCUGCGCAGACAUCAUACAGAAGAACGCAGACUGGAUCGCUAGGGAUGGGAACAGGACACCCACGCACACGUCCAGAGUGGGUACUUGCCUGUAUGCUUCGCCUGAGCAGCUGGAAGGAUCCGAGUAUGAUGCCAAGUCAGAUAUGUAUAGCUUGGGUGUGAUCCUGCUAGAGCUCUUUCAGCCGUUUGGAACAGAAAUGGAGCGAGUACACGUUCUAACAGGUUUAAGAAGUGGUCAGAUACCCGACUCCCUCAGUAAGAGGUGUCCCGUGCAAGCCAAGUAUAUCCAGCACUUAACGAGAAGGAACACAUCUCAGAGACCGUCUGCUGUUCAGCUGCUGCAGAGCGAACUUUUCCAAAAUUCUGGAAAUGUUAAUCUCACUCUACAGAUGAAAAUACUGGAGCAAGAAAAAGAAAUCGAAGAACUGAGGAAGCAGCUGAGUCUCCUUUCCCAGGAGAGAGGGGCCAAGGACGACAUGAAAGACGGGGGUGUGCCUGACCUGCCUUAAUUAGGCUCCAUAAAUGAGAAUGUGGACUUCUCGUUCUCUGGUGAACUGGAAUGUAAACUUGGUCAGUGUUAGAGGAUAGAUGGUAUAGUUCUAUUUAGUGAGCCUGGAUAAGACUUAUUAAAGUUGUAGAAGUUCUCCCAAACUGUGUUCUUAAGGAAUUAUUUUAUGAUCCAGCACUUUGAACUGAAACCUGCUCGAAACUAAACCUGUCUUGCUCUUUUCCUGCUCUUAUCCCACAAACUCCUGGUUUUUAGUAUCACUGUCCGGUCUCCGAGAUUUAGGCACCGUCCUCAACUCUUUCCCCUUUGAACGCUGCUCACCACCAGGUCAUCCUCUAGAACGUCCUUCCGCGUCCUACCCCGUCACCGCGCGCGCUCGCACCCCGGCCUGCAUCGGCUGUGGCUGCCGCCCGUUGGUUACCAGGAAGACGUCCGAGGAGCUCACUGCCCGGCUCUCAGCAGCGCAGCGUACCUCCUCCAACCUUCAUGCUCUCUUCUGCCUGGCAUCACUCCAGACUCAUGCCCUUUCUAAACUUUGUGUCUCUUGCCCCUGAAUCUCUAAAUCAUCCCCAAGUAGCUCUGGCAGGAGUGUUCCUGUUUUCGCCCCUGCACCAUUCCCAAGGCGUCCCCUUUACUCAGCACUCCCCACCGAUCCACGUCCCUCAGAGGCCCCAAUGGGAUUCGUUCACUUUUGCUUCUCAAAAAA